AUGUUUGAAAAUACAUAUUUACCCUCAAUAUUAUGGGGAUUGGUUGUAUUAUUAAUAGCAUUUAUUUUAAUAUAUCCAUUUAAAUUUUUAAGUAUAAUUUCAAGAUUAAGGAUAAUAAUAGAAAAUCUUCCUUUGAUUAUACAGAAAAGACACAAGAUAUUUCCAUAUAUGUAUUAUUUAAAAGGGAAUGCAAAUGUAUUCUCUUUGAUUGAUAAAUUGCCGAUGACUCUCACCGUAUAUUCCUCGGUUGCUACCGAACACCUAUUUAAUACAACCGUACUCCAGACAGUUGAUACCACAUAUCGACGUGUUACUUCCGCACAUCGAUGUUCUCCUGCCGUAUCUACCGACGUUGCAACCGGUGAUGCCAGAGAUCAUUGCCAAUAUCGAUGUGCUGCUGCUGCACAUCAAUGA